UGAAGCUACUGCUACGCGGCCUACGCCAAAGGCCAAGGGCGCCGCUUUACCGCUUUAGCAAAGACACGUCUGCUUAAAAACGAAAACGUAUAUAUAGAUCUUCAGCUACGCAUUUCAACAAACAGUUUGCAUCCAUCAUCGAAUGGGGUUUUCUUAUCACCAAUUCGUUACAACCCUGAAGAAUUAAUUGCCUCCGAUUUCCAUCUCCAUGACGAGCCUGGUUACCUGCUUGAAGCGACGCCGUCUUUCUCUUCAUUUCCCGCUUUUGGGGAAUGGAAACCCUGAUGAGGCGAUCAGGUUGAGGCUGAUGCUGCUCGGAGGGCCCAACUAUCUUGUAAAUAGAAUGCAUGGUGCUGAUAGCUCGUUGAGAUUGUUUCAGCCCAAAUUUUUCUCUACUCACCAUUCCAGUGUGCAUGGUGAAAGUCCUUCUGCUGAGUAUGCAAAGUUGAGGAAAGAGUCACUAGAAGGUCAAUUUGGACGUAUGCUGGGUUCAAAAAGUGUCUCUGUUUUUUACCGUUUUGGCCCGUUCUUAGCUGUGUACAGAGCUGCAACAAUUUCAUUCUAUGUGUUGAAGCUAGCCAUUUGGCGCUUCUUCGUCCGGGAUAUGAACAAGCGUUCGGUUAAGUUUCGUGAAAUGCUUAUUCGCUUGGGACCAUUUUAUAUCAAGCUCGGACAAGCUUUAAGCACGAGACCAGAUAUACUGCCUAAAGUGUAUUGCCAGGAACUUGCUAAAUUACAGGACCAAAUUCCUCCAUUUCCGACGGAUGUUGCCAUUAAAUCCAUUGAGUCGCAGUUGGGAAUGCCGGUAUCGAAGCUAUUUGCUGAUAUUAGCAAGGAGCCUGUUGCUGCAGCAUCACUGGGGCAGGUCUAUAAAGCUCAUCUGCACUCUGGAGAGCUUGUAGCCGUCAAAGUUCAGAGGCCUGGUAUGUCCCAUUUGUUGACCCUGGAUGCCCUUCUAUUUAAUAUGAUUGGCGGCCAACUUAAGCGAUUUGCCAAAGCUCGUAAAGAUCUGUUAGUAGCAGUGAAUGAGAUGGUAAGACAUAUGUUUGAGGAGAUUGACUAUAUCUUGGAGGGUCAAAAUGCUGAGCGCUUCGCUGCCCUCUAUGGCUGCAAGCCCUAUAGUGAGGAAGCCCACUCGAAAGAUACUGUAGCACAUCAGCAAGUCAUUGGCAUCAAGGUUCCCAAAAUAUACUGGAACCUGACCCGCAAGGCUGUCCUUACUAUGGAAUGGCUUGAUGGAAUCAAGCUCACUGAUAAUAAUCGUCUGAGAGAUGCCUGUUUAAACCGUAAGCAACUUAUUGAUGAGGGCCUAUAUUGCUCACUGAGGCAAUUGCUGGAGGUGGGAUUUUUCCAUGCUGAUCCCCAUCCUGGAAAUCUUGUUGCAACUGCGGAUGGUUCCCUUGCUUAUUUUGACUUUGGCAUGAUGGGUGAUAUUCCACGUCACUAUCGUGUAGGGCUUAUCAGAGUGUUAGUGCACUUCGUCAAUCGGGAUUCUUUGGGGUUGGCAAACGACUUUCUCUCUCUAGGAUUUCUACCUGAAGGCAUUGAUGUACAUUCUGUCUCAGAUGCAUUAAAUGCAUCGUUUGGUGAUGGAAUAAGACUAUCCCAAGAUUUCCAGGGAAUAAUGAGCCAGUUGUAUGAUGUUAUGUACGACUUCAAUUUCUCUCUUCCUCCGGAUUAUGCCCUGGUGAUAAGAGCCUUGGGAUCACUUGAAGGAACUGCAAAAGUUCUCGACCCUGGUUUCAAAGUAGUCGAAAGUGCAUAUCCAUUUGUCAUUGGUAGACUCCUCAAUGACCCAAGUCCUGAUAUGAGGAAAAUCUUGGGCCAACUCCUGAUCCGCAAUGAUGGUUCCAUAAGAUGGAAUCGGCUGGAGAAACUGAUAUUGGCAAUAUCUGAGCAAGCUGUUGGAACUGACAAGACUUCUUCAGAAUCUAAAGAGACGCCCUCAAAGCCAUCGGGAUGGAAAUCAUUCAAUAUACGAGCCGUUGUUGCUGCCACUGAGGAUCUUCUUCACUUUAUUUUGUCCAAGAAAGGUUCUAGGAUACGGGUUCAUCUUAUCAAAGAUAUAAUUAGGGCAGCCGAUACUUUCCUUGAAGAAGAAGUAGUUUCUUGCUUUUCUGGAGAAAAUCUUCGAACAGCAAGUUUGGACUCCGAGGACGAGGCGAUGCUGAUGAGAAUGGUGAGUGGUUUAGAAUCCUUUAGACGUGCAGUGAAGUUAGCUCCAGAGGUGUGGAGUGCUAUGGCCUUACGGCUAGCACUCAAACCUGAGUUUCAAAGUUUUGCAUUUGACAUAUUAUCAGCAUUGUCGGCACACUCUCGCCACAAAUUACCAGAUACUCUCUGGAUUUGUAUAUCCAAGAUUAUUCAUAACUUCGCCUAACAUAAACUUGUACA